GCCCCCAGCCCCGCGGCUGCCCGGUCCCCGGCCGGCCCUCGCCCUCCGGCUGCCCACCUCUCCGAACCCAGGGGCGCAGAGGCUGAAGGAAGUCAUGGUGUUCGCUCCAGGUGACAAGCCUGGGGACGAGCUGGAGGAGCUGAAGCUGCAGAAUGCCAGCAAGCGGAUCGUGCAGAAGGCCAUCCUGCAGGCUGUGCGGCAAGUCUCCCAGGAGAGCCUGCGGACAGAUGGUGGACCCAGCGACGGCAGGACCCGGGGCCAGCGGGGAGGGCGCGAGCUGACCAAGAAGCAUGAAAAGAAGUAAUGGGUACUGGGUCUGGCUCUUCUCACAUGCUUGGUCUCUGCCUUUCCUGUUAGCGUAGGAAGUAAGCAAAUCAAAGUGUCAUUGAUGCCUAGCAGUAGGAUGAGUUCCCGCCAGCCUUUGCGACAAGCUGUGGUUCGCGCACCUGCAUUAGGGACUCUUCAUGUUUCUGUGGAGCCUCUGGAAGCAGCUGAGCCAGACAUGACACUCCGCAAAAAGUGAAUUUGUAACAAACCUAUUUUCCAAGUUCUUAUAAAAAAAAAAAAAAGAACCCUACAUCUUGUUUAUUUAUACAUUGUUUCUAUAAAUUCAACUGGCAGUUUUUAUUUCCCUUUGGAGUUACCCAAUGCAGUUCUGUGUUCUUCAUAAAUAUUUGAAAAGGCACACUAGAAAGAUGAAGGAAUGGACUUUCACCCUGUUCAAACACAGACUUGCAGACUGUUACGGUUAGAGUAUAGGUUCAAGGUUAAAAUGAGCAGAGCGGAUUCCAAGACCCAGCCCUGGUCUAGACCUUAUGUUUAUAUUACUUCAAGAAAGAGAGGUGUUUACACCUUGUGAAAACUCAGUAUUUUUUUAAUGUCUUCGAGUUGUUCACAGUUGGCGUAUACCUUCUGUAGAGAUGUGGCGGGGAGAGCACACAUAUCAUUUCUUGACUAGAGAUUAAGUUUGAUGACUGCCUCUGUGCAGAAGUCGCUGAUGACUCAGUUCUUUGGCAUUCUAGGGGAAGGGCACAUACCCCUCAUCCCUAAGCUGCUCACAUCCUGGAUUUAUCUACUCUUGAGGCAGAAGGGGGCAGUGUCCUUGGCAGGGAGUCGGCAGUGUCAUCACCUAGCUCUGCAUUUUUCACUAGACCCUUACUGUAGGAACGUUCCUUUUCCCAUGAAGGAAUUUAACAUGGCUUAAAAAAAAAAAACAUUAUAAAAACUAUACCGCCAUGACUACAUGGAAAACUUCUCUUUUUGGUUUUCUGUAGGCUGAAAGCAUUUGGAGAGACCUGUCUUCACACAGCCAUCUCCAUUCACCCCCAUAGCUUCCUGCUGCUCCCGUUUGGACAAUAGGUGUCUCUCUGGAGUCUUUCAGAGUCUAUUGACUGUGCUUGACAGAACCCACUGAGUUGGUGCUCCUGGGGACAGAGAAAGCAUUGAUCCUUGGUUAGAAACCUCCAGGCUGCCAAGUGCCCGUGCCUACAUGGACAUGUAGUCUGAAAGCAAAGUAUUACUACCAUAGAAGUGUGGCUAGUGUUCAGACACCACCAACAUUUCAACAACAGAUGGGCAAAACUCUCCAUUUUCACCCUAUUAGACUGUAUCUGCAGAUGCAUAUAUGGAACAAAUUAAUUUAGAGAGAGAGUUCAUGAGGGAAAAUGGGUGUGGAAGUUUAGAUACUGUUUAUUCAUUUCUUUUUAGCAGAACUCAUGGCAAUUAAGGAAUAAAACUAAAAUCCCAUGGAUGCAAUUGCAUAGCAUGGGCAGUGAGUGAGAACAAGUGUAGCCGGGGAAAUUAUUCAGAUGCGCCCCCAAAUGAAAAACAAACCCCAAAUGCUUGUAGUCUGAAGGUGACCUGCCACUGUGUCUCUGCUAGAACAUCUGUCUAUAACCAAUCUUGUUUUUCUGUCAAAUGGCAGAAAUCUGUCAUCUUUCUUCUCUGGUGUGUAUGUACUAAUAAACUAGGGAUCUGGGAAAUGUUAUUAAUUUCUGUAUCUAAACACUAUUUAUAAAUAAACUAUA